AUGAUUUGCUUAGUGCACAAUCCACGUUAUCGUUCGUUAUUUCAUGCUGUUGUAAAUGAACUUCGAAAUGAAAAACGUAUAUCUGUAAAUCUAUUACGAAAUAUGCCUAAAAGCUGUUGUACAUGUAACAAUAUUGAUAACGUAGUAAUAAAAUCUUGUCUUAUACAUGACAAAGAUAAAUUGAUUAAUUUACAAAAACUUAUUAAUCAAAUAAAUCAAGAUAAACAAAACAAUCCCAAACUUAUUUUAGCAUUAAAUGGAUUAGAAAAUUUUAUUAACGAAAAUCAAGUUAAUUCAUUUUCAAAUCCGUUACCAAUAACUCAUACUCAGAGUUCUAUUGAGUUUUCCGAUUCGGAAGACAGUCAGCCAAUGAAUACUGAUAGAUCAUUAGUUAAAAAGCAAAAAAAUCCACCAAAACCAUUGAAAGAUGGAACAUUUCUAUUUUUACCUUAUAACUUUGACAAUAAAUCAAAUUCAAUACCAGUAUUUAAAGCUGAUAAAGAUAAACAGCGUGGUCGAUUUAUUGGCCGCAAUGGUUAUAUUACAUCAUUAGAAAAGCAAAAAUCUGUUUGUAUUAAUAUGAUAACACCUUCAACAAGUGAGCAAAUUAAACGAACACUUUCUUAUGCCAAAGAACAAGUUGGAAAUGUAAAAAUUCAUAAUCCAAAAGAUAUAUCAAAGUCAGCUGAUGGCGAAUGGAUAUUAGUUCGAAUGUAUAAAACGAAAACAAAUACAGGGAAUAUCGAAGAUGUGUUAGAUGAUUUAAACGAUCGAUGGGAAAGUUUUUUGAAGAUAAGAAAACGUCGACAUGUAGAAGUCGAUGAAGAGGACGAUGAAGAAAGUUUUAAAAAAAUAUAG